UCCCAGAUACGUCUCAGAAGAUAAGCAGCGUCUCCCAAGACUUGUGCUGUGAAUAAAUGCCCUCCUGACAUGAACAAAUAGGGGGCGACUCCGCACUCCUCUCCUCACAUGCGAGCAGACAGUUUUCCAAGGCAGCUGGAGGAAAAUCAUUCAUUUUUCAAGGCUCCAAAACAAAUGUGAUAUGAUACCAUGAGACAGAAUUCAGCCAGGAUUCUCCUCGCAGACCCCUGAGAGAGGAAGGAGGGGGGUGGGCUUCUCUUGCUGCGCUUUUUUUUUAUCACCAACAACAGAACAUUUUCUUGACUCUCCUCUUUCAUUCAUCUUUGAGGAGCCUGUCCGUCGAUUUUCUGACAAUGUAGUGGGCGUGAGGGCGGCUUGCAUUGCGAGAGGUGUCAGAGUCACCAGAGCCUGCAGAAAUCUGCCGCGGUUUCUGGUUCAGAACCAGGGACAGCUCCCGGCACCCUCAAACUUCAGCCUCCUCCGCUGCGCCCAACUCUCGACAUGUGGAGGAUCGGAACCGCGGACCGUCCCCGCACAGGCUGUAAUCUACAAAAGCAGUGAGGAAGGCCGACGUCGCUGGAGCUUUAAAUGGCCUCGGUCAGGAUGAAAGCACCGCUGCUCUGAGAUCUGGUGCUGCCACGUCCCAUUGUUCCUGGCCUCGGCCCGUCGUCAUCAAAAGCUGCGCGGAAAGAAGGCCAGGCCUCGGAACCUCACGCGGGGAUAUGUCGCAGGGGAGACCCCCGGUGUUGGGGCUUGCCCCUCGGCCCCGACCUCUCCCACUGUCCCGCCUGAGCUUCCUCUUCAUCUGUGCGUCGCUCUUCGCCCGGACUCCCCAGGGUUUACCUGUGGUGGGCUAUAACACCGACUCCAAGAGGGAGAUCACGCUGGAGGGCGACUUGAUGAUUGGUGGCUUGUUCCCCGUGCACCAAAAGGGGGAGGGGUCGGAGGACUGCGGCAAGAUCAACGCCCAGCGAGGGAUCCAGAGACUGGAGGCCAUGUUGAUGGCUCUGGAUGAGAUCAACAGAGACGAGCGCAUCUUGCCCGGCAUCACUUUGGGAGCUCACAUCCAGGACACUUGCUCCAAGGACACGUACGCUCUGGAGCAGUCGCUGGAGUUUGUCAGGGCCUCGCUCACCAAAGUGGAUGACAGCGAAUACACGUGUCCGGACGGCUCCUACGCCAUCCACGACGAGGUCCCGCUCGCCAUCUCCGGGGUGAUAGGAGGCUCCUACAGUGACGUCUCCAUCCAGGUGGCCAACCUGCUGCGACUCUUCCAGAUCCCUCAGAUCAGCUAUGCGUCCACCAGUGCCAAACUCAGCGACAAAACCCGCUACGACUACUUUGCCCGGACGGUGCCGCCGGACUUCUACCAAGCCAAAGCCAUGGCUGAAAUCCUGCGCUACUUCAACUGGACUUACGUGUCCACUGUGGCCUCGGAGGGCGACUAUGGUGAAACCGGCAUUGACGCUUUUCAGCAGGAAGCUCGAGCGCGUCACAUCUGCAUCGCCACCUCGGCCAAGGUCAGCCGCUCCAUGAGCCGCUGGAGUUAUGAAAACGUGAUCCGCUCCCUGCAGCAGAAGUCCAAUGCCAAGGUGGUCAUCCUGUUCACCCGCAGCGAGGAUGCCCGCGAGCUUCUGGUGGCUGCCAACCGCAUGAACGUCACCUUCACCUGGGUGGCCAGCGACGGCUGGGGGGCCCAGGAGAGCGUGGUGAGAGGCAGUGAAGCGGUGGCAGAUGGGGCGUUUACCAUCGAGCUUGCCUCCUACCAAAUCCCACACUUCAACAACUACUUCACGUCCCUGCACCCCUACAAUAACACCCGAAACCCAUGGUUCAGAGAGUUUUGGGAGAACCAGUUCCAGUGCAGCCUCCAUGACUUGGGCUGCGGGAAAUACUCGCUACGGGAGGCGCCAUUCCAACCUGAAUCCAAGAUCAUGUUUGUGGUCAACGCGGUCUACGCCAUGGCGACUGCGUUGCACAACAUGAGGCAGGCCUUGUGUCCGAACUCCACCAAGGUGUGCGACGCCCUUAAACCUGGAAACGGCAGGAAGUUUUACCGGGACUACAUUCUUAAAGUCAAGUUUGAAGCACCAUUUCGUCCACCAGACACGGAGAACAUUGUCCGCUUCGACACCUUCGGCGACAGCCUCGGCCGUUACAACAUAUUCCACUACCACAAGGAGGGAGGGCGCUACGUUUACCGCAAAGUAGGCUACUGGGCUCAGAGUCUGUCGCUGAACACCAGCCUGAUCCCCUGGCCAGGUCACGUCGCUCCCACCUCCCAGUGUAGCGACCCCUGUAAGAAGAAUGAGGUGAAGAACAUGCAACCUGGGGAUGUGUGCUGCUGGAUCUGCAUCCCCUGUCAGGCCUACCAGUACCUCCAGGACGAGUUCACCUGUGCUGACUGCAGCUUCGGCCAGUGGCCUCUGGCGAACCUCACCGGCUGUUACGACCUACCUGAGGAGUACAUUCGCUGGGAAGAUGCCUGGGCCAUUGGACCUGUCACCAUUUCCUGCUUAGGAAUGAUGUGCACUUUCUUUGUCAUUGGCCUCUUUGUCAAGCACAACGAGACGCCCGUUGUUAAAGCCAGUGGACGUGAACUCUCGUACAUUCUUCUCCUGGGAGUGCUGAUGUGUUACAGCAUGACCUUCAUCUACAUCGCCAAGCCCUCCACUGCAGUUUGCACUCUGCGCAGGCUUGGCCUGGGAACUUCCUUCGCCGUGUGCUAUUCAGCGCUGCUGACAAAGACCAAUCGCAUCGCGCGGAUCUUCAGUGGGGUGAAAGACGGAGCCCAGCGGCCUCGCUUCAUCAGCCCCGCCUCCCAGGUCGCCAUCUGCGGGGCUCUGAUAUCCUGCCAGCUGGUGGUGGUGGUGGUGUGGCUUCUGAUCGAGACACCAGGCGUGAGGAAGGAGGUGAACCCGGAGAAAAGAGACGUGGUCACCCUCAAGUGUAACAGCAAGGAUUCCAGCAUGCUGGUGUCGCUCACCUACAACUGCAUCCUCAUCAUCCUCUGCACGUUUUAUGCCUUCAAGACCCGGAAAUGCCCCGAAAACUUUAAUGAGGCAAAGUUCAUCGGGUUCACCAUGUACACCACCUGCAUCAUCUGGCUGGCCUUUCAACCCAUAUUCUACGUGACUGCCAGCGACUACAGGGUGCAAACCACCACCAUGUGCAUUUCCGUCAGCCUAAGUGGGUCGGUGGUUCUGGGCUGCCUCUUCGCUCCCAAGGUCCACAUCAUCCUGUUCCAGCCUCAGAAGAAUGUCUGCACCCUGAGAGUGGCCACGACGCGCUUCAGUGUCACCACCGGCCCCGGAUCCAGUCUCUCGCAAGCGUCUGCCUCCAAUGUGGUUCCAACAGUGUGUAACGGACGAGAGGUGGUUGACUCAACGACGUCCUCCUUGUGAAGGUCACAUGCUUUCCUCUGCUGACCUUUGUAAACAGAAAUAUACCUGUGAUCACUAGUUCAGGUGUUUCAGAUAUUUAAGAGGAUAAUUGUUCUGGCGUUGUUGUCCUCCAAGUGCAGUGAGUGCAGUGUCUCUGUUCUUUUUUAUAUUUGGUUCUUUGAUAUCAUAUUGAGAUUUUAAAUGAGAUGAAGCUGCAUACAGUAUUUGCCCUUGUUUUUUUUUUUUAGAGAUUCUUCUUGCGAUGUCGGAGUAAAUGAUAGUGAGUCUGUUCAAGGUGAUGUAUACGAGCGUUUUUAUUGUAGAUCUUGGUGAACCAGUUUGUGCUUUCUUGUAAUUUAUGUAAAUAAAAUGUGUUUUUUA